CUGGAGCGGCUUUCAGGAAAGCGCAGUGACAGAGGGAGCCGACAGGAUGCUCCAUCUCCACACCACAGGGAUCUUUCUUUUUCUGUGUCUCACUCGAACGGCUGUCUCUCUUCUGCACCAUGAGUGUGAAUUCUUCCUUCAGCUGGAGAAGGAGAAGCACCUCUGCCAACAGUUCAAUACCGAGGAGGAAAAUAGAGGCACCAAAGGUUGUCGGCCAUUAUGGGAUGAAAUCUUCUGCUGGCCUCAAGCUGCCACUGGGGAAACUUUGCAGAGAGAUUGUCCUGCAAUCUUUUCAUUUUCCAGCAACAAAACAGGGUUGGUGAGCAGGAACUGCACAAGUCAAGGCUGGUCACAGCCUUUCCCCCCGUACCAAGUCGCUUGCUACGAGGAUGUUGACAUUCCUGAGAUGGAGGAGUUAUAUUUUGCCACUGUGAAGCUGAUAUACACCAUUGGUUACAGCGUCUCUCUGGGGGUUCUGGCUGUUGCUGUGCUUAUCCUGCUGGUCUUCAGGAGGCUAAGAUGUGCCAGGAACUUCAUUCACAUCCAGCUCUUCCUCUCUUUCAUGCUGAAAUCUGUGGCCGUGUUUAUAAAGGAUGCCAAUCUAUUACCUAGUUAUGAUACCAACCACUGCACCCUCUCUACAUUUGCCUGCAAGGCUUCUGUGGUUUUCUGCCACUACUCUAUGAUGACUAAUUUCUUUUGGCUCCUGGUGGAGGCGCUCUAUCUCAAUUCCCUGCUGCUCUCCUCCUUCAACCACAGCCGCCGCUGUCUUUGGGGUCUAAGUCUGCUGGGAUGGGGUGUGCCGGUUUUUUUCAUACUUAUGUGGAUUGGUUCCAGGGUGUACUUUGAGGACACAGAAUGUUGGGACAACACCAAGGAGUCACCAUAUUGGUGGAUUAUUAAGGGACCAAUUCUUGUCUCCAUAGUGGUCAAUUUUGUGCUGUUCGUAAACAUCAUCAGAAUCAUCAUACAGAAGCUCAAUCCUCGGCUGAUUCAGUUCAAUAACUCCUCUCAGUACAGGCGCCUGGCAAGGUCCACCCUCCUCCUCAUCCCUCUGUUUGGAACCCACUACAUGUUCUUCAGUUUUCUGCCUGACUACUUAAACAGCCUGCGCUUCUAUAUCGAGCUCUGCCUGGGAUCCUUUCAGGGGCUCCUUGUUGCAGUCCUCUAUUGCUUUCUCAAUCAAGAGGUGCAGAAAGAGGUCAGCAUGCAGUGGCUGAGGUGGCAGGAGAGGAGCUAUGGGGUGGUGUCACCCGCUGCAAAGGGGAGCCAGAUGGACACACCUUUCUGAGAUCUUUGUAGCAACACAACAGAUUGUUCACACUGGACUGUUUUCUGUGCACAUACAAUAUCUAAAGAGCUGUACUGCAUGCACAGUGAUGCCCCACUGUAAGCUUGUCCAGAUAGACUGUGGUACUCAUUGCCAUUUUUCAACAAGAACCUGGAGAAUCUGAAAUUCAUCUCAACACACAUUGUCAUCUUAGACAAUAGAAGUGGACUGUUCUUGCUUACAAGAGGGCAGAACUUGUGCCUUCUAGACAUCACUCAUUAGAUUAGUGAUCCGUUAUUAUAAUUUCACCAUGCUGGAAAAAUCAGCCUGAUGAUUAUAGAUCUUUAAAACGCAUUUAUGAUGUUUA